UGCUGGGGUCUCGUGGUGUUGGAAGCUGUUACGCUGUAGCCCCGUGGGAUCCGGUAGAUCCGGGUCUCGUGGUUAAGAGUGACGUGGUCAAUCGAAUGAAAACAGAGUAAGGGGAAGAAGCCGGCCGCCAGGAGCAGCAGCGAUAGCGGCGUCCUGAGUAGCUGCAGCGUUCCGGAAGCACCAGGCGGUUUUUCUGCCGAGCCUGGGUCCUGGCUCCCACCCUCCCCUCCCCGCCGGUUGUUGUCUGGGCGGAUUUAAACUGUCAAGUAAAAUCAAGCUGGGUAAUCAUGGCAGAAGGUGGAUUCGAUCCUUGUGAAUGUGUUUGCUCUCAUGAACACGCGAUGAGAAGGCUGAUCAAUCUGUUGCGCCAGUCCCAGUCCUACUGCACAGACACGGAAUGUCUUCAGGAAUUACCAGGACCCUCUGGUGAUAAUGGUAUCAGUAUUACUAUGAUCUUGAUGGCCUGGAUGGUUAUUGCACUGAUCUUGUUCUUACUGAGACCUCCUAAUCUAAGAGGAUCCAAUCUACCUGGAAAGCCAUCCAGUCCUCAUAAUGAACAAGAUCCACCAGCUCCUCCUGUGGACUAACUUUGUGAUAUGGAAAGUGAAAAUAGUUAAUACCUUGCACGACCAAACGAACGAAGAUAACCAGAGUACUCUUAACCCCAUUAGAACUGUUUUUCCUUUUUGCAUCUGCAAUAUGGGAUGGUAUUGUUUUCAUGAGCUUCUAGAAAUUUCACUUGCAAGCUUAUUUUUGCUUCCCAUGUUAUCACCAUUCCUAUUUACAGUAUAUCUGAGUAAAUGAUUAUAUGUUAAAAAAAAAGUUACAUGGGGCUUUUUUGGUUGUCCUAAACUUAAACAUUCCACUCAUUCUGUUUGUAACUGUGAUCAUAAUUUUUGUGAUGAUUUCUGGCCUGAUUGAAGGAAAUUUGAGAUCUCUGCAUUUAAAUAUUUUAAAUAGUUUUGAUAGGUUUUUAAAUUGCUUUUUUUCAUAAGGUAUUUAUAAAGUUAAUUUGGGGUUGUCUGAGAUUGUAUGAAAGAAAAUUAGAACCACACUGUAUUUACAUUUACCUUGGUAGUUUAUUGUGGGUGGCAGUUUUCUCUAGUUCUUGAUACUGUGGCAGCUCUUGUAGUAUUUUACAAAUUAUGGCUGAAAUCUAUAUCAUCCAUUACAGCUGGCUUAUGUGGCUAGAAUAGGAUAGAAGAGAUGAAGUGGUUGUUUACUAAUUUUUUUUACUCCCAUUAAAAAUGUUUAAUUUUAAGAAAACUUUAAACACAAUUGAUCAAUAUGGUGGGUGAUUUACAGUCCAUUAUAUGACCUUCGUAAGCCACUGUACACUAACUAGCCUUACGAAGUUCAUGAAAGGAGGAAAAAAGAUAAUUCUUUCUGCCUUUGCCAAAUAUAAUCUAUAUAAUAUUAAUUUAAACUAUAAUUUAUUUUUAAAAUGAGUGCCUCUCAGGAAGCUUCUAUUCUGUUCUAACACUUCCCUGUUAAAAUGAAAUCAUCUUGAAGCUGUAUUGUGGCCUCUUAGAUUACUGAUAUUUGAAUGCCUCUUGAUUUGCUUACUCCAUUUUCUAUUGAAGAAAAUUUUGAAAUUUUUUCUUCUGAGUUUUAAAAAUUUUCAACGAAUUCUUGGUUUAUUCCAAGGGAAAAGGAGGAAAAUGAGAAACAAUCAAGGAUCUUUCUCUUACACCUGUCACAUUUCUGUUUGGUAAUGGGAUGUACUGGGGUGGGAAGGAAUAUUAAUAGAAGUGAAAUUUUAAAAUGUAUAAAAAAGUAAAAGGUUGCAUUGUGAAUACAAUAGCAUAAAAAAUGUCUGCAGUGAUUAUGUGGUUAUGGAAUUUUUUUCUAGCAAAUGAUUGCAGAUGAUUUAUGGGGGAUAGAAGAUAUUUUGCUAUCAAUGUAAGGAUUUUUACCCCCUAGGACAGUCUAGCUUUUCACUGUAUAGAUCUGAGGAAUUACUUGUAUGAACUGAAUAAACUUCUCUAUAUCCUU